AUGGGAUCUCCUCACACUAUGGAUACUAGAGUCAUUCAAGGUCUACAAGUAUGUGAUUUAAAUCUUGAGAAUGAGAUUCAGAUGCCAACACUUUACACAAAGGACAAUCUUCCGGUGUCAAGGUCACACAUACCUACAUCAGAUGACAUAUCACAGUAUCCACAUCUGAGAAACAUUGACAUACCGCAGUUGGACUGCAGCAUAGAGUUACUCAUUGGGAACAAUGUACCUGAUGCCUACACGCCACAGCAAGUCCGUACCGGAGAACAAGGCACACCACAUGCUACAAAAACCCGUCUCGGAUGGAUCUUAUGGAACGUCGUCAGGAAUUCAGAAAGUGAACAUGGAAACUGUGGACUAACAGUCAUGAGAACAGAUGUAAUUAAGAUAAAGGAAGCAGAGAAUAUGAGAGAGCUUGACCAGCUUGUGAGACAAAACAUGAACAUUGAGUUUCCUGAGAAGGGUGUACAAGAUAGAAAAGAAAUGUCGCAAGAGGACAAAUUGUUCCUGAAGAAAGUAGAAAACUCUGUUGAGAUGAAAGAUGGUCACUACCACAUUCAGCUCCCAUUUAGAAAUGAGAACAUUGAGAUGCCGGACAACCAUGACUAUGCACUGAAAAGAUUGAACAGUUUGAGAAAGAAGUUUGAGAAGAAUACUCAAUUCUACAGAGACUAUAGUGAGUUCAUGAUGAAAGUGGUCAGCAAAGGCUAUGCUGAGAAAGUACCUGAAGAGGAAUUACAAGGCCCAAAAGGAAAGACUUGGUUUAUACCUCAUCAUGGGGUAUACCACCCACGCAAACCAGACAAAAUCCGGGUGGUGUUCGAUUGUGCGGCGAAAUACCAGGGUGUUUCACUAAAUGAUGUCCUUCUCCAAGGGCCAGAUCUCACGAACAAUCUUACCGGCGUCCUAAUUAAAUUUCGCCAAGGCCCAGUUGCUAUCAUUGGUGGCGUGGAAGCCAUGUAUUACCAGGUAAAUGUUCAUAAGGAAGACAAAGAUUUCCAGAGAUUCUAUUGGUGGAACAACAGUGACUACAACCAGAAACCAGAAGUCUACAGAAUGAGAGUUCACCUAUUUGGUACAGUCUCCUCUUCCAGUUGUGCAAGCUAUGCAUUAAGGAAAACUGCAGAAGACAAUCGAGACAGGUUUGAGUCAGACAUUGCCAACAUGAUUAGUGACAACUUCUACGUCGAUGACUGCCUUUCCUCCACUGAAUCAGAUGCUUCUGCCAUAGAACAGGUCAAAGGUAUCACAGACUUGUGUAGCCAAGGAGGAUUUCACAUUGCAAAAUGGGUCAGUAAUAGCCGCAAAGUCAUUGAGUCUAUCCAAGAAGAGAACAGAUCAAGUCAUAUAAAGAGUCUAGACCUAGAACAUGACGACUUGCCAUGCGAGCGUGCACUGGGCACAUAUUGGAUUAUGGAAGAUGACAAGCUCAGCUUCAAGAUCCAGGUGAAGAAUCAUUCAAAGACUAAGAGAGGAAUCCUUUCAGUAACUAGCAGUGUCUAUGACCCUUUAGGAUUUGCAGCUCCAGUCAUUCUUCCUGCUAAACAACUCCUGCAAGUUCUUUGCAAGAAAAACUAUCAUGGGAUGAGCCCAUUCCAAAUCAACUGUUGA